GAUGCGUUCCGGUGCUUCCCCCAUAAAGUCCUGUAGUCAGUAGGCAUUCAGAACUGUUCAAAGUCGGUGCAGGGUCACUCAGACCCUGGUGUGUGCCAAGCGUCGAUUUUGCCAAAUCAUUAUUUUACCACAGUGCAUGAUGGCGUACAAUCUACGCACACGUGUGCGGGACGCCUUGUUGCAGAACGAGGAAGAAGAGGAUUUUGGUGGCGAAAAUUCUGCUGAAGAGGAUAAUGUUUCAGUUCAGUCCUCGACUGGAAGUGAAACUUUAGACUACAGUGAAGCUGAAGAUGUAGAAGAAAUGACGUUGAAUCAACGCAUUUUGGAGCAGCGUGAGCGUGCCCGUGGCAGACCGUCAACGACGCUGCGCAGCAAAAAUAACACAAAAUGGAGCACCCUUCCUCGACCAAGAACAUCAGAUCGAGUGAAUGCUGAAGAAAGAACUCCUAAACCUCGUAAUGGUGCUGAGAACUGCAACAGUGUCACAGAGUUUUGGAAUUGUCUCUUUGAUGAGGAAAUGCGUAAUAAAAUUGUUGAAUAUACUAACAUAGAAAUCGAAGAUGUCUGUGCUAAAAUGAUGGCCGAUAAUGCUGUUAUGCAGACAUACUAUCACACAACUGAUUUGAAGGAAAUCAAUGCUUUCAUAGCCUUACUGUACUAUUCAGGACUAUGGAAGUCAAACCAUGUGAGCAUAAAGGAAAUUUGGAGUAACACAAGUGGUUAUAAUCUGUAUCGUAGUGCCAUGCCAAAAUCACGAUUUCAAUUUCUGGCAAAUCAUUUGCGUUUUGACGUGAGACAGAAUCGUUCUGGGGACGAUCGAUUAUCUCCAAUUAGAGAGUUAUGGGAUAAAUUUAUCCGCAAUUGUGAAUAUUAUUAUGAACCGUCUAACGACACAACAGUAGAUGAGCAGUUGCUGUCGUUCCGAGGACGAUGUAAAUUCAGGAUGUACAUCAAGUCCAAGCCUGAUAAGUAUGGCUUGAAAAUAAUCACCUUGAAUGAUGCUCAGAACUUCUAUCUGAUAAAUGGAAUCCUUUAUUUGGGAAAAACUGGUCAUCCGUCAAACGAGUCAUCUGGAGAAUUUUUUGUCAAGAAAGUGACCACUCCAAUUCAUGGUACCGACCGUUCCAUCACUUGUGACAAUUGGUUUACUACAUAUCCACUAUUGAAGGAUAUGCUCAAAGAUCCGUACAAUAUGAAGCUAACUGGUACCAUUCGUAAGAAUAAGAAAGAAAUCCUAAAUGAAAUGAAAAUCGCAUCAAAAGAAGUUCCAUCUUCAAAAUUUUGCCACAGUGGAGACAUUACUUUAGUCAGCUAUACACCAAAGAAACACAAAUUAGUCCUUGUUGUUAGCACUAAAAUUAUAACAACAAAUAUUGUAGAUAAUGGUAAACCACAGAUGAUUCUAUAUUACAAUAAAACAAAGGGUGGUACCGACGUCUUUGACAAGCUCUGCCACGCAUACACAACUGCUCGCGCAACCAAGCGUUGGCCAAUGCGUUUCUUUUUUGGCAUGCUUGAUCAAGCUCAAGUGAAUGCAAGGAUUCUCUACACUUGCAAAUAUCUGGAAAAGAAUCUUUCUGCCAAGAGUGCUUUGAAGCAGCUGGUUUUCUCUCUGUUGGAGCCGUAUUUGAGAGAGAAGCUUGAGAACGCUACACUACGUACCGACAUCAGGAAAAGUAUACUUCUUAUUUUGGGAGAAAAUGCAGAGGCUCCGCCACAAGGUGAUCGACCAGAGUUGCAGAAAAGGGCAAGGUGUGCACUCUGUUCUUACAAAAAAGAUAGGAAAACAAAACGCUUGUGUCGAUGUUGCUUGCGCCCAAUGUGUGAAGAGCAUCAAGCUUAUAUUUGUAAUGACUGCGGUGGCACUGAGUACUUCUAACAUCAUUUUAAUAUUAUUUGUUCAUUGUAAUCAUAUUUCAAGUAAAUUUCAAUAAAAAUAUACAAUUUUCAAGUAUAUUUUGUCAAAAAUUUAUUUGUUUCCACGCUUCUUUUAGAAAGGAACGCUUUUUCACAUCUAAAAAAAACCACCUCCGUCAACCUGCAAAAUAAAUACCUUUUUUGAAAGAUACACUACAGGAGUAAUUUUUCCCUGAUUGUACCACUAUUCGAGAAUACAAACCUAAAUUUUUAACCAAAAAUAUAAAAAAUUAAGAAAAUUACAAUUUUUUUACAAAAUUACCUUUUUUUAAAAAAAAACAUUUUUUCAGGAAUUUUUUCGAUGUUUUAAUAUUUCUAACGAGGCAUUUGAACUACGGGGAUUGAUUCUACAAUAUUUCAAGAAUAUCUGAGAAUUUUUUCAAGUUGAUCGGAUAAGUAGUUUUUAAAUGGUAGACCGUGAAAAAGUGCACAGGGUCUCACAAACCCACAGUGUGCUCCGUGAUCGAAAAAAUAGGUGUGUGCUCUGAGGGCUAAAUAAGGUAAUUAAAUUCCAAAUAUUUGGAAUCAAUAAAAAAAAUAUAUCUGUAAAUCAUAUAUUUAGCAAUAUGGAUAAAUUACAAAAUAGUGAAAAACAAACAGCGCAAACUUUUAAAGAAAAUGUAAAAAAAUAGAAUUUCAAUAAAUGAGUUAAAUAAUACGAUUUACAUUAUUAUAAUUUGGCGCAAAUUUGUUGUGCAUCCAAAUAAAAAUUCACUAAUAUUACCAAAGAAUAUUUCAACAUCUACGAUUUAUAACGAGGUAUUUAAAAAAACAAUACCUCCAUUAGAAAAACCAUUAAAAAAAUAUUUUCCAAAAAAAUCCAACUGUUUCAAAUAAUUGUUACGUCUAGAGCUCCGUGAGCUCGAGGAAGGGCGCAACCAGACGCCUCUCGAGGUACGUAGGCACAAAACCGCAGUACCUCGUGUGUUCGAGCCGACCGAUACGUUUCGAUUUUCGGGUUAACGACCAAAGUCGAUUUUACCCUGUUAUUCGAAACGGUCCCUCGAUUUUCGGGUCAACGACCGAAGUCGAUUUUACCCUACUAUUCGAGAUGGUCAACUCGAUAGUCCUUUUUAGGUAAGGGAAAUGAAUUCCUAUUACCAAGGAUAGGACCUGUACGAUCUGUCAAGGAAAGGGAAUGUUAUACGAGGGUAGUUAGAAAUAAAUGAAACUUGGGUUUGUCUCUUAAAACAUUUCCACUAAUAUAUUCUGUCUAAUGGUUACAUAAAUGAAAUUAAUGAAUCGCUACUGAUACGUUUGACUAUAAUUUAGAAUUUGGAGUACAAAUUUAUUCAUGAUUCUCUUUCUUAUAAAUAGCGCAACUGUAAUUUUGACUAACUUAUAAAAUCAAGACAAAAAGAUUUGAGAAAGUUCUGAUUAGAAGAAUUAUACAUUUCCGAACAUCGUUGGUAAGAAUAUAUAUAUAUAUAUAUAUAUAACAUAAUUUAAGGUAACGGAUAGAUAAUUAUAACUUCGAAACGCAUAAUGGAGGUAAUAUUAGGUUGUCUAUAUAAUUUAAAAAUUCAAAAAUUAAACUCGCAUUUAAACUCUCUAUACUAUUGAUACAUAUUAGAUAUUUCAAACUAUAAUGAUAAAUAAAAUAAAUCUAUCAUAUUCAUGCUUAAAUGUCC